CAUGCGUAAAGCGGGCCGGGGCGCGCCCGGCGCACGCGCUGUGACAGCGCUGCUGCAGUGAUAGGGGAGGGGCGCCUUGAGGAGGGGGAGCGGCCGCCAUCUUGGGAGUUGGUUCCAGAGACGGCGCUGGGAGGCGGCUGGUGGCGGGGAGAGGUUUAAUCUAAGCACCAUGGAAAAAGAAGAGUAAGAUUCCAUCAUGAUUGGAGGCCUGUUUAUUUAUAACCAUAAGGGAGAGGUCUUGAUCUCUCGAGUUUACAGAGAUGACAUUGGGAGGAAUGCAGUGGAUGCAUUCCGUGUCAAUGUCAUCCAUGCGCGGCAGCAAGUGCGUUCACCUGUCACAAACAUCGCCCGCACCAGUUUCUUCCAUGUCAAGCGUUCCAACAUCUGGCUGGCUGCAGUCACCAAGCAAAAUGUCAAUGCUGCCAUGGUCUUUGAGUUCCUCUACAAGAUGUGUGAUGUGAUGACUGCCUACUUCGGGAAGAUCAGUGAAGAGAACAUCAAGAACAACUUUGUUCUUAUCUACGAGCUUCUGGAUGAGAUCCUGGACUUUGGAUAUCCUCAGAACUCUGAGACAGGGGCCCUGAAAACAUUCAUCACUCAGCAAGGAAUCAAAAGUCAGACAAAGGAAGAACAGUCUCAGAUAACAAGUCAGGUGACUGGUCAGAUUGGCUGGCGGCGUGAAGGGAUCAAAUACCGUCGUAAUGAACUCUUCCUGGAUGUGCUGGAGAGUGUGAACUUGCUGAUGUCUCCUCAAGGUCAGGUUUUGAGUGCCCAUGUCUCAGGCAGGGUGGUGAUGAAGAGCUACCUAAGUGGAAUGCCAGAGUGCAAGUUUGGCAUGAAUGACAAGAUUGUGAUUGAGAAGCAGGGCAAAGGGACUGCGGAUGAAACAGGGAAAAGUGGGAAGCAAUCGAUUGCCAUUGAUGACUGCACCUUCCACCAGUGCGUGAGGCUCAGCAAGUUUGAUUCGGAGAGGAGCAUCAGCUUCAUACCCCCAGACGGAGAGUUUGAGCUCAUGAGGUACCGGACCACUAAGGACAUUAUUUUGCCCUUCCGCGUAAUACCCCUGGUGCGGGAGGUGGGCCGCACCAAGCUGGAGGUGAAGGUGGUGAUCAAAUCAAACUUCAAGCCUUCCCUCCUGGCUCAGAAGAUAGAGGUGCGAAUCCCAACCCCCCUAAACACUAGUGGCGUCCAAGUCAUCUGCAUGAAAGGGAAGGCAAAAUACAAGGCCAGUGAGAAUGCCAUUGUCUGGAAGAUUAAGCGGAUGGCUGGCAUGAAGGAGUCCCAGAUCAGUGCGGAGAUAGAACUGCUUCCAACCAAUGACAAGAAGAAGUGGGCUCGGCCACCCAUCUCUAUGAACUUUGAGGUCCCAUUUGCACCCUCUGGGCUGAAGGUGCGCUACCUGAAAGUCUUCGAGCCAAAGCUGAACUACAGUGACCACGACGUGAUCAAAUGGGUGAGGUACAUUGGCAGGAGCGGGAUCUACGAGACAAGAUGUUAGCCCUGUGCAGCCAGCUGGCUCCCUCUUCCCCAGCCUCCCUUGGUCUCAAAGUACAAUACGAUGAAGAGCAUCUCUCUGGCCCCUCCUCUAUACAGAGGCUGGAAGCUAGACUCCUGUGGCUUCUCUCUGGAAAAAGGACACUGGUGCCUGCUCCGGUUUCAGUUGCUAUUGGUCACAGCUGAAGUCAGGCGGCAAAAGAGCCCAGCUGGCGUCUUGCUUCUGUCCCAGGGUAUGAAAGGGCCAGUCUAACCACCACCACCACCCAGUGGUCAUUCUAGGGAACAUCCACCAUGUGAUAAAAACCUUCUUCUGCUGGUGUCACUACUUGCAUCAUACUCUAGUAUUUUUGGAAGUUCUUGUGCAUAUGUACUCGUAGAAUAGGCCUGAAAACCAUAGACUGGACAAACCUUGAGUUGAUUCUGGCUCCUGUACUUGCUGUUGAUGUUGUGAUUGUUGCUGUGCAGCCGGACUGGGGCUUGUGGUUCCCCUUAACUGCUCUUCAUCCCCCCUCUUCAUUUUCUCUGCGGUGUCCUUGGUAUGGAGCCCUGCUAUGGGAAAAAUUGUGACCAAAAAGGUUGAGGUUGGCAUCUCCCUGCUGGAGGGUGGGAUUUAGCACAGCAUUUCAGCCCUUGGAGCACUGAGAAAAAGCAGACUAAGCCAGCACCUCCUGUCUCAUUAAACCAACUCCCCCCACCAAGAAAAAAAAAGAAACACACACCUAGCAGGCACAUGUGGACAGACUGGCUUUGUCAAAUGGUAAGAUAGAGGAGCUAUCCUCUGUAACCCCAGAAUUGGCCAGUAAGUCAUUCCAUUCUCCCUCCUACUGCCCGCGCUCUCUCUCUCUUUUUUUGCCCAAUUAGCUUUUUCCUACCAAAUGCUUUUGGGUCACUAGAAAUGCUGCUGCAACCCACAAUCCCCUGCUUCCAAUAGUGUGGUCUCCCAUUUUGUACACUUGUGAUUUGUCCAGUUCUAAACCUAAUAAAGUAUGUAGAACCAA